AUGGAUAUUAUGAUUAGCAGUAGCAAUAUACAGGCAACAAUGGUUUCACUGGAAAGCUCACUGGCACCUUCUCAUAGCUUGCUAAUACAACAUUCAAAUGAACUGACACCACAACAAUUACGCGUAAUUGUGGAAUGCUACGGGAUUAUUUACAACAUUUUGUCGUACAACCUCAAGGAAAGCCUGGACCACGUGAGUGUUGUACAAUACCAUGAUGUAGAGAGUAUAGAAUUGUGCUAUAUCUCUUUGAGAGCCUUAAUCUCUCGUCAUGAUAACCCAAUCAGGAAAGUUGCUUGGGUUCAUGAGGAAGCUGUGACGCUGUUGAUGCAGAAAAACUACAUAGAACCACUCACUCCUAAUACACAGGAGAGUGGAAUACCCCCAUCAAAAGGCUGUUUAGUGUUAUAUUUAUCUAAUAUUCCAAGCACACAUCGUCCAGAGCUUCUAGCGUUUGUUACCAGUCAGAAAAACCUUUUUGACUUUUUUGUCGAUCCUGUAAAUGGUGGGCGUUGCUUUCUAUGUUGUUACACAAUUGAGGCGGCGGAGCACAUGCGAAAAUAUAUUGUACAUCUUCAUCCAGAAUAUAAGAAAUACGUUCACUACUGUGAUUACGACGAUCUACUAAGAGCAAGAGAACAAACAGGGAAAGUUUAA